UUAGAGACUGCAGCACGCAGCGCGGCGCCACCUCGAAGAGUCUGCGUGUGGACGCCCCUGGCUCCUCCCACAUGUCAAGUCACAGCGGGGAGCUGCGCAUCCUGAGCGUCUACGGACAAGGGGAGGGCCCACUGGCGGUGGACGGCCAUGACACCCUCUUUGCCGCGUCAGAACUGGAGGCCUUGAGCUCGCUGUCCGCUGACCACAGCGUGGCCAAGAGCCUGAACUGCAGCGUACGGCUGGUCCGCCUUGAGGAGCUGACUGGGCAUCAGGGCGGCUGCAAGGGCCGGCCCGGUGUCUUGUGUGUAAAGGUUAUUCCCAACAAUGCCAAUAUGAUCGUCCACAUGAUGACUCACUCUGGGGAGAAGCCCUACCAGUGUGACCAAUGCAGUAAGCGCUUCAGUCGGAGAGAUGCCCUAAAGAUCCACAUUUCGACUCACACCGGCGAGAAGCCCUACAGGUGUGACCAAUGCAGUAAGCGCUUCAGUCGGAGUGAUUCCCUAAAGAUCCACAUGUCGACUCACACCGGCGAGAAGCCCUACCAGUGUGACCGAUGCAGUAAGCGCUUCAGUCGGAGAGAUGUCCUAAAGAUCCACAUGUCGACUCACACCGGCGAGAAGCCCUACAGGUGUGUCCAAUGCACAAAGCGCUUCAGUCAGAAAGGCCACCUGAAGACCCACAUGAGGACUCACGUGCAGGUGUCAGUUAAAGCUCCGCCCUGA